ACCCCACGAAACGUACAAUACUUCAGAGAAAGACGGAUAGAGAGAAAAUGAUAAAGAUUGCUGUAGAGGCAUGGACCCCUUUUUGUCUGCCACCAUCUUUCAAUGAUCUGUGCUACUGUAACACCAGCUUGAUCGAGGAAGGAAGGAGGCACACAAAUAUAUCAUAAACGAUGACGAAUUUAAUCUUUUGAAUUCCUUUUUCUUUUUCUCUUCUGAAUUCUUUGGGUGUUAAUACAAUGGCUGGAAUGCUUCCUGGAGUGGAAUGUGCUCGAAGGAGACGUUUCCAUCAGAGUGGAGCUUCCUCGGAUUCACCAAACAUGGCUGCACAUGGUGGGACAAGGCGGUCGUCUUUCUGCUUGUACACAAGCAACCAUGAAUCACAUCAUACCUCUGCCUCUUCACAGCAAAGAAGUUUAUUUAACCAAGAUGAGAAGCUAGAAGUGGUAGCCAGAGAAGCCAAGGAAAGAUUAGAUGGAAGGUUGAAAACACAAAGAAAACCAGAAGCUAAAAGGAAAAACAGCAAAGAGAACUUGAGGUGUGUGGAGGGCAGAUCUGUGGUGCUAGGGGAGUUGCAUACAGAGGUGUAUGGGUCGAAGAAAGGUGGGUCAAGAAGGUUCAGCUGGAGCAAGUUGAGUUGGAAGGCAUCGGAGCAAGAUGAGUGCGCUGUUUGCCUGGAACAGUUCAAGGCCGGCGAGACCCUGGCGCACCUGCCUUGUGACCACCGCUUCCAUGUGAAAUGUUUGGUGCCAUGGCUAGAGAACAAUUCCCACUGCCCUUGUUGCAGAAUGGGGAUAAUCUCCCAGUAAUUUCCUUUUCUUUGCAAACAUCUUGCAUUUGGAGUGUGAACAUUUAUUAUUAUUAUUAUUAUUAUUAUUAUUAUUAUUA